GAACGGGGUACUAUCGAAUAGAGUUUUCUUACUAAAUUUGAUAAAGUAAGAAAUCUCAGCAUUAAUCAGUGUUCCAAAGACGAUUGCCGCACUUGCCCCUGGGCAACAUCCUUGAAUUAAAUAGAUCGCCAGCAAUGACAUUAAUUAAAAGUAUUUGUAAACAAACUACAACGUUCUUAACCUGAAACAUAAUGAUCUUCACUUUUUAAAUUGAGUCUGACAAACAUUAGGCAUGCCUUGACACUUCUAUGUGAAAUCUGUGAAACCUAAAUUAUACAUUUUUGUUUUUCAUGAAGCUUAGACGUUCCGGGAAUUCAAAGCGCUAAUUGACUUUAGUAACUAAACGAAUUCCGCUCAACGCGAAAAAAGGCCAAUUAAAUUAAAUGAGAUGCGAUGCACACGCCACAAGUGCAGCAAUACAUUAAGGCCAUAGGCUAACGUGGGUCAAGUUCGGGGGAGUCCUUCUACUAGACUGCGUCGGCUGGUAAAUGUGAAUGUAGCUGGAGUUAGAAACAAAAAUAGCACAAUGCUGGAAGUGGACAAAAUGUUGGAAAAGUGCGGCGACUUCAGUCGACUGCAGGUGUUUAUGCUGCUACUUUUCAGUGUGAUCAAUUUGCUCUCGGCCAUGCAUUACUAUUCGCAGACGAUCAUAAGUUUUGUGCCCAAGUACUGGUGCGCUGAUGGCCAGGAGUUGGAAACAGCAGCUCCAGAUGUAUCCAGCUGCCAGCCACUGAACACAAAUGCAACAGGGCAUGAGACCUGCCAUAGCUACAACUAUGAGACAUACAUGGGCUAUCAGAGUUUCACCAGCGAAAUGAACUGGAUAUGCGGUGAGGCGUGGAAACUAACCUUGGGCCAGUCCAUGUUCUUUGUAGGUUCCGUGGUAGGCACUCUUGUGCUGGGCUAUCUGGCAGAUAUAGUGGGUCGGUUGCCCAUACUUAUAUUGGCGAAUCUUAUUGCCAUGACGGGCAACUUAUUGACCAUUUUUGGCACGAGUCUGCCUCUAUUUUGUAUAUUUCGACUUAUUGCCGGCUUCGCCACUGACAGCAACUUUUUGAUGAUGUACAUUCUGGUUAUGGAAUAUAUGCGUCCCUCAUUACGCACCAUUGGCCUGAGUGUCUGCAUCGGCAUCUUUUACUGUUUGGGCUCAAUGGGCGCGCCCUGGGUGGCGGUGCUCAUGGGCAGCUGGCGUGGUUUCCUGCUUGUUACCUCGCUGCCGUUCGCAUUGGUGCCGCUGUUCUAUUUCAUUGUGCCGGAGAGCGUGCAGUGGCUGAUAUCAAAGCAGAAAUACGACAAGGCUAUGGCCUGCCUGAAGCGCGUGGCCAAGAUCAAUGGCCGCCAACUUGACGAUAGCGUCUAUGCGCAGUUCAUUGCGGACUGCAAAUUAAGUCAGCAAAAUACGAAGACUACGCCGAAUCUACUGGACCUCUUCAAGACGACCCGCCUGCGCCGCAACACUUUCAUACUGUUCUUCAAAUCCAUGGUCAUUACCCUCUGCUACGAUGCCGUCUCACGAAAUGUGCAAGGCCUUGGCAUUUCGCCAUUUAUCAUGUUCUCACUGAGCGCAACCACGAUUCUGCCUGCUUGCCUGAUACUCAUUGCUCUGCAAGAUCGCAUCGGGCGCAAGGCAAUGGCUUCCUCAUCGCUGCUCCUCAGUGGCGUUUUCAUCUCGGUAACGGGCAUCGUUCUCUAUACCGCCAGUAAUCACAACACCACAAUAGUGGUAACGCUUUCCGUGAUUGGGCGCUUCGGUGUCACCGUGGCCUACAACUCGGCCGCCCAGUACGCCACGGAGCUGAUACCAACAUGUGUGCGUGGCCAGGGAGUGGCUGCCGUGCAUGUCAUGGGCUAUGCGUUCACAUUCUUCAGUGCAUACAUUUUGUACACGCGGACAGUGUUCUCGCCGCUGCCGGAGAUCAUUCUGGGCGUGCUCUCCUUGCUGGGCGCCUGCUUGUGCCUGCUGCUGCCGGAGACGCUGCAUCGCACGCUGCCCACCUCACUGGAGGAAGGCGAGAAGUUCGGCAUUAACGAGCACUGGUACACAUUUAGCUGCAUGGAGAAACGCUCGCAGUCGGUAAUGAAACUCGCUCCGGCACGUGGCAAGUCGCUUUCCGCUUCCACUGAUUCCUCCUUUUAUUUUUAAGGGCAGGUCAUAUCAACUCUUUUUUAUAGAAAAUGUUAGCAUACUUUUAAGCUCCAACUUAAAGUUGUAAGCUAAUUAGUUCAAGUAAUGAAUUACAAUCGAAAAUAGAAUUAGCUUUAGAUUAAGUCCUUGUGUAAACCAAAAUUUUAAUUUGAAGUUUAAAUAGUUAUUUUAAGUCUUAAAGUAAAUAUAUGUUUUAAAGUCAGUUCAUGAUUGCCCAAAAAAUACAAGUCAAACCUUCUACCUUAAUAAAAUGACAUUUAUAAUUUGAAGA